AUGCCACGCACAUACAAGAAAAAGCCUGAGACCAGAAAAUAUGCCUCGUGUGACGACAAAAAACCCCAGAAGGCCAGUGACAUGAUAACAAGUGGAGCUAGUCAGAGGAUUGUGUGUGCUGAGUUAGGGAUCACGAUCAGCACUCUUCAAAAUAAACUUAAGAAGACACACAUGCAGAAAUCUGGACGGCCAAUUGUUCUAACAGAAUUUGAAGAGAAGGCAAUAGCUGAACAUCUUGUCGCCACAUCUGAAUGGGUUUUUCCAUUUUACUGCAAGGACAUUUUAGUCCUCAUUAAAACAUAUUUAGACAAGCAGGGCAGAUCUUUUUGAUCGUUUCAACGACAAUAUGCCAGGAAUGGACUGGUUAGAAUCAUUUAUGAACCAACACAAAGACAACCUGCACUUGAGGUUGUGUCAGAACAUCUAAACAAAAAAAAGAACAGGUGUUUCAAUGACAACCAUCCAUCAAUAUUUUAGAAAUCUUAAAGUAACUUUGAAAGACGUUCCUCCUGAAAACAUCAUCAACUACAAAGAAACAAUUUUGUCGGACGAUCCUGGACGUAAAAAA